ACAAUUACCGAUGACAGCAACUACAUGAAUAAUAACCUUGAAGAUGAAGAUGAAGAUGUUGAUAUGGAUAUUGAUGAGGACCUUGAGAUACUGAAGGGCGGUAAAGUGAAAUCAAUUUCUAACCAAAAGGAUCCUUUAACUUCAGAAGUAUUUUACUUCAAUGAUAAAUACAGACAUCUACUAAUGGCAGACUUGUUAUCCUCUUCUGAAUUGGUAGUUGUCGAAAGACCUCCAAUAUUCCUAAAAGAUCAAAAGGCAUUCCAACAACCAAAAUUGGUAUUCUGA